AUGGAUUUAGGGCCUGAGGACCGAGUUGUCGCAGCGAGGCUCCCAAUGGAGGGUGGGGGAUCUGUUUCUGGUUUGAUGGUUGUUCGCCCCGGAAGCAGCCGACGGGGAAGCGAUAAUGGGAGCCACAACAGCAAGAGCUCGAAGGGUAGUGAGGUCGGAGACAUUCAGUCUAAAAGGUCGACAAAUAUUGCGGCUGCCCCUCCUCUAAUCGGCCUCGGUAUCACAAUGGAUAGUCUGAUGCCUUCUUCCUCAAAGGUGGUAGAGCGGAGGCCGCGGGAGUCAGAGGUUCAGGCUCGCCAAGGAAUACUGCCAGUUCCCCGGAUAUCAGUUGAAGCACCUUCUUCCCCGCUUGUUGCUCAACCGGCAAAGAAGACCCAGGCUGUUUUUGCUCAAAAAUCUUCAACUGUAAUGCCCGCCCCUCCGGCUGCUACAACAUCGGCACCCGCGGCAGCGCCAGUGACUCCUCAGAAAUACCCAGCAAUUGCAACAAUGUCAUACCCUACCCCAGAUCAGUUGGCAUAUAAACCGGUCGACCGGUCUCAAAUUCCUACAACAAACUUCCCCGGGAAGGUUAUGGCUGCUCCAACUCUUGCUCCCGUUGUGGCCCCGGCGCCGUUGAAGGCUCCGCAGAAGGCCCGUGCUUCAGUUGUUCCCGCCCCGCCUGUCAAAUUGCCGCCGGCGAGCAGGGUGCCCCUUGGUCGGCCCCCUGUGGGUGGAGCACCUGUGAGCCUUCCACCACCAACUGCGAAGCCUCAAUUCCCACCAGCUCCUAUUGAAAGGCCAGAAUCCAUUGCAUCAUCAAUCUCCUCGCGCACAACCGCAACCUCAUCAUCAUUAUCAACAUCAUCAAUGACGUCUGAGAAACCAACGCCUCGGCAACUAACCUACUCUCCGCAUCCGGUUUCAUCCCCUGGCUCCUCUAGUUCCUCCUUAGUAAGUGUCUCCUCAUCCGGCUCGUCCUCGACGACAACCUCCUCUGCGCACCUGCGGCGUAUUUCAUCGUCAGAACCUGUAGUUCCAGAAAUGUCAAGUCGAAAACCAGCAUACUACAGGUAUGCGCCAAAGAAGGACACCUCACAAAAGCGAAUAAUGGACUCCCCAGCAUUCCCCCAGGGCGACGAAACAAUUAAGUCCCGGAAACCCGCAGGGCCCUGGGACGGGAGACCAGGUGCAGACCCAAACCUCGGAGCUUACUACCGUACCGCCGAAGCUGAGAAGCUGAAACGGUCGAAAUCUCAUUCAACCUCGGAAGAGACAUGGGUCGACGAAGCCAAUUUAGCAAAUUACUAUAAGCAGGCCGACGCGCAAAAGCGUAAAAUGGCGCUAGAGAAGAUGAAGAGAGAACAAGAAUAUUCGGACAGCGAAUCUGUAGCUUCUUCGUCUGUCGUCUCGUCUACUGCUUCGCCAGAAGCUUCGGUAGACCCGGACGUAGCGGUGUACUGCCGCCACGCUAAAUCUGAGAAGGAAAAGGUGAAACAAUUGGAGCUCCAAACACCAAAGAAGCAGGCACCGAGGUCGGGAGACGAAAAGGCCCUAAGAAUCUACUCCUCUCCGUCUACCUCAGCAUCACCAAACACCCGCCUCCGGCACGUUCGCGGUGGUCUAUCCUCCCAUCCCGUCCCCCCACCAGCGCCCACGCCACCCCCGCCUGACACCACAGAUACCGAAACCAUCGGCGAGACACCUACUGAAAAGAAACCUGGACCUCCUAAGGGCGCCGCAGAAGCAUGGUUUCAGGCUUCGAUGGCGGCAAAGGGCGAGACUGCGAGUGAUUAUUGGAAUGCGUCGAGGUCGACUAUUGAGAGCCCUGAGGAGGAGGCUGGAGGAGAGAAGGUGGAAUUUCCGGAGGGAUUACCGCCGGCACCGACGCCGCCAUUGAGCCGGGAGGAUACGCCUGCGGGGGCAACAGGAGCGGGAUCUUAUUACUCGACGGCGGGGAGUUAUAGGGAGGAGAGAAAGAAGGGUUAUCGGAGGUGAUUUUCUUGAAUGCCCGGGGAGCAGAGUGGACGUUGGAUGGUUUAUUACAACAAUUUGGUUCUUUUCCUAUCCUUUGGCGGUUUAUAUGAAAUGCUGGACGGGAGAUGUUCUUCAUUCAUCAUUCCAUUCUUAAUUCCCUUCCCUCGUCAUUGUUUCCUCUCUAGCCUGCGUUUAUCUCUGGAUUAUGCGGUUUCAUCUGGAUAUAUAGCGCUGUGUAUUGUUAUUCCCUAACAUUUCCUCUUCCCCCCCCCCCCUACUAUCAUUGGUGGGUUUGCGAAAGUAGAGAUUUCUUUCUUUUAUCUUAUUUCGUUUUCCUGUUUGGAUUUGUUACGAUUGACGGGGGUCCGGUUUUCGGAUUGGUUAUUAGUUGGCUGGGCUAGGUUAGGAGGGCAUUGGUAUGUCGGGGGUCGGUUGGUACGAUGCUGGUGUUAAGUCUGUUUUAUUAUUUACCAUUUCCGUCCAUCUCAUCAUUUCCUCACUUGAUCUCACCUCAUCUCACCCGCAUGCCCCGUUUCACGAAAAAACAAAAAAACAGAUACCGGAAUACCAUCGGCGCCAGACUGAUUUCAUUUCCUUUUUCUUUUUAUUGACAGAAUUUGGCGUCCAGCUCGCGCGCUGUGGACGUUGGAGGGGAGUUUUUUUUUUGCUCAAAGAUUGCGGAUCGGGGCGGGGGUUGGGGUUUUGCCAUUAUUGAGGGAAAUUUGUGUUGAGAAUGAUCCGGGUGUGUGAAUGAUGAUGUGUAGUAUAUUAUAUUAUGUCCUGUAGUAUAGCAUGAUUUAUGAAUUGAGGGGUGUAUAUGGUGCUUUUUGGUAUCAUGUGUUGAUGGAGUGGAGGUGGGGUUGGAGCUGUACUGUACACAUUCUAGAUAUGGCAGCGAUAAGUGGUAGAAAGAAGACAUCCCCAGUG